GCUGGUCUCAAACUCUUGACCUCAGGUGAUCCACCCGCCUCGGCCUCCCAAGGUGCUGGGUUAACAGGCGUGAGCCACUGUGCCCAGCCUUGUUUUGUUUUUUUAUAUGCAUUUUUGCAAUUACAUCUGCGAGUUUAGAGCUUCCUUUUCUUCUCUGUAUUCAUUGCUACAUCCAGCCUUGGGUGGGUCCUCCCAAGGUGUCUGAUGGCUGAGCAGAGGUCUGUGGACAUCAGUGGGCCCAGUCCCCAGCUGCAGCCUCCUGCAUCCUACCCGCUCCCUUGCCCACAAGCCUCAGUCCACCCCCUCUGCCUCCUCCCCUCCCUCUUCCAUUCCUUUUCCCCCCAGGCCUUCCCUUGGCUCCCACCGCUCGUCCCUCCUGCCCAGUCUGUGAGACUCAAGCUCCCGUCACAACUGCCCCCCACCUUCGGCCUCCAGAAGGUCGGUGCCCCUCUGCUCAGACCCUCCCCAGGGGUCUUGUGCCCCUGAAUCCUCAUCAGUAGAAGCUUAUCACGCCCCCCUCACCCCAUCCCUCAGGAUCCAGAAAUAGGGGAUCCUCCUUCCCCAGUGCUGCCCGGACCACAGCGUCCCCAUACAAGCACUUGGCUCCUUCACUGGACUCCCACCCUCAGCCCACUGUGUUGCUGUCUCCACCAGCCAGCUGCCCUGGCCAGUCACCUGGGCACAAAGGGCUUGGUUCCUGCCAUUUCCCAGCCCAUUCUACCCCAAGAACUGCUGUGUCCCAGGCUUUACUGUGUCCAUGUGGCUAACGUCCUGCCCUCUCGCUUUGCCCUUUUACCCUUGUCUUAGUUCUCCAUCUCCUUUCCAUCAGCCUUCACCUUCAGCCGCCUCAGUCACCUGCUGCCAUGCCACAGCCCGGAGGUCUUCAGCCAAAGGCCCAGUCUCUCUGACCUCACCUUCCAGCCAUCUUGCUCACUUCAUUUUGGCCCUGGCCAGUACCUGUGUACUGUCUCUCCACCUGCCCACCUUCCUCUUGGCCUUGGGCUUGUGCCCCGUGGUCCAUCACAUCACCUGUCCCUUGUCAGUGUCAUUCACUCAUUCAUCCCUUCAUUCAUUCAUUCAUUCGAUCAUUCGUUCAUUCAUUCAACAAGCAUUUCUGAGGCCUCUGUGUGGCAGGCCCCGUUCUGGUUGCUGGCCUAGAGUAAUGACAAGACACACUUCCUACCCUCUCAGGACUGUGUGUCACAGGCAAAAACUGAGCAACUCAACAAAUAAAAAGCAGAAUGUGGUGCUGGGAAGGUUAGAAACAGCUCCCCCAUGUGGAGGAAAGGGAAGCCUCCCAUGGUAGUUCCUUAGCCAAGUUGUUCCCCUCUCCCCUGCCCCUCCAGCUACAAAGCAAAAGGUUCUGUGAGGAUCAGGCAGUUUGACAUCUAGCUGUAUGGUUCUCUCAAAUACCCUUGGGGGAAUUUCUGCCAAUGACCCCCAGAACUGACCCCAGGGCUUGCAGUGUGGUUUUAACAGGACCGGGUAUUCUGUCUCCCUUGGUGCCCCUCUGCUGUUCAGGUAGCCCAGGAUCCCACUGAUUGAUUAGCCACCAUCUCACAAUUGACCGUGCUUGUGGUCCACUAGACCCUUCAGAUUGUUUUCCGUUGUGACACCUUGGCCUUGACUCUGUCCUCUUUUCUGUGUGUGGCGUGUUGUGGCGACGGCCGCUCCCCAACUCCCAUCCCCACUCUUUCCCCAACUCCGGCUCCACUCACACUCCAGUUCUUCCAUUUCCCCAGUGUAAAGGCUGAGCUUCUGGUUCCGCCCCGGGCCCUGGGGAUAUAAACAUUUGCCAGAUUCUUUCUCGGCCCCAAGUCUCCUGGGGGAAACUGAGGAUUAAUUCACGUGGAGUAAGUGGUGGGAUUUGGGUAGAAGUGAAGCCUCGUCCUGUUGUGGCCAUGGUGCAGGGCUGCAGCACAGCCAGCCGUCAGUGUCAUCCGGGUCAGUAAUGCUCAAGGCGCAGUCCCUGGCCCAGCAGCAUGUCGCCUGGGAGGUGGUUAGGAAUGCAGAUUCUCAGGCCCACAGAGCCCUGAUAAACCAGGAGUUCUGGGAGGGGGUCCAGCAAUCUGUGUGUUAAGUCCUGAGGGUGAGUCUGAUGCUCACUCAAGUCUUGAGACCCACGGGUCUGGGUGAGAGAUAUGGUAGCUGGGCUGAGAUCCUGUCAGUGGGACGGGAGGGGAAGGUCCCGGGGUGUUUGGGAAGCAGAAUCGACAGGCUUUGGUGAUUGGGUGUGGAGGAGUGAGAGGGAGGCGGGCGUCAGGGGUAGCUCCAAGGUUUGGCUUAGGUGACUUCAGAUCUCCAAUCACCAAGCCCUCUCUGGUCCUGGCUUCUCCACCUGCUCCUGCGGGUCUUGCAUCUUCUCCUGUGUACCUCCAGUGAGGAGUGGUCCCCACCACCCUCCCCAUCAGUGCACUUACAAAGUGCUCUCAUCUUCACAAACAAGCCAGCACCCAGCCCAGCCCUGGUAGUCAGGGCGGUUGCCACAGCAAUUGACAUCAGCGACCUGGUCCCCAAGGAGCCUGCCACCUUCCGCCUGCCUGCAGGGCCUGCAUUAUCGCUUCUGCGGGGACUGGGGUGGAGGCAGAUGGGGACUCCCACCCCUGACACACACCCCAUUUUGAGAACUGGGUGGGGCUGGGGAGAGCCAGUGGCAAAGGGAGGGGAAGAGGGAAGGGCAGAAAGUAGGUGGGGCCCCCCUUUGGUGGCCUCUUCUGUCCACGGCCCCAGGCUCCAGCCCACUUGGGUCCUUGGCGUUGGUGGCAGCAGCACUUGGGCCAUGGCGGAGGACAGGCCGCAGCAGCCGCAGCUGGACAUGCCGCUGGUCCUGGACCAGGGCCUGACCAGGCAGAUGCGGCUACGCAUGGAGAGCCUGAAGCAGCGCGGGGAGAAGCGCCAGGAUGGGGAGAAGCUGCUGCAGCCAGCGGAGUCUGUGUACCGCCUCAACUUCACCCAGCAGCAGCGGCUGCAGUUCGAGCGCUGGAAUGUCGUGCUGGACAAGCCGGGCAAGGUCACCAUCACAGGCACCUCGCAGAACUGGACGCCUGACCUCACCAACCUCAUGACACGCCAGCUGCUGGACCCCACUGCCAUCUUCUGGCGCAAGGAGGACUCGGAUGCCAUGGAUUGGAACGAGGCCGACGCCCUGGAGUUUGGGGAGCGCCUGUCGGACCUGGCCAAGAUCCGCAAGGUCAUGUACUUCCUCAUCACCUUUGGCGAGGGUGUGGAGCCCGCCAACCUCAAGGCCUCCGUGGUUUUUAACCAGCUCUGACAGCAGCUGCCAGCUGCUGCUCUCCUCUAGCCCACCUGUGCUCUCCCCUGCCCUUGCCACUCUCCCCCCUGUAUUUUUGGGGCCAUUAUUCUCGCUGCUCAGCCUGUCCUCUGCUUGCCCAGAGGCCCCCUGAGUCCCACACCUUUCCUCCUCUGCUUCUCCCUGGGGCCAGCACUCCAGCUCACAGGAAGAAGAUUCUGAGGCUCCAUAGCCUAGAAGCUGGACUGGCUGCUGCAUUGCUAUAGACGAUAGAGGCCUACUCGGGGCCAGUGUGCAUGGACAGUGAGGCCAGGGCCAUCUGCCUUCUCUCUGCUUCAUUGUGGGAGAGAGAGACUGAGAAAGACCAAGAGAGACACAGAGACAGAGAUUGAAAAACCCAGCAUCCACUUCCUCCAGAGUCAGGGAGACAGAGAUGAUGGGGCGUCUCCACGGGGAGUCCAGCAAGCCGGCAUUCACUGCUUCCUGGCCUUGGUGCCCUUUGCCGGAGCCUGUGUCUGGGCUGCUGGUCCCAUAACGCGUUGACAACCCUCAGGAUAUGGGGCAGGGUUGCUGCAGGGGCGGAUUUGGGCAGUGGAGAGUGGCUGGCACCCUGGAGGCUGUGUAGGCCCAGCUGUGGCUCUUCUGGGCCUGACUUCAGGGUGGAGAAGUGAAGGGGGAGGUUACACAGAGAUCUGUCUCUACGCACACAUAUCCAUGAGACAGAGUGUGCUGUAUUCAUAUGGAUGUAUUCUAGAGGUCUAUUCCUACCCUAGGAACAAGUGCAGUUUUAGAUUAUCUGUUGAUCAUUGCUGCUGGUUCAAGGAUGGCUCUUAACAGGGGCCUGGUCCGGAUGACCUUGGCCUGGGGGCUUCCUGAGCUAGGAGACUGCAGUUCAGAUAGUGAAACAGGGAGUGGAUUAGUAAAGGGGGUUCCCUUUGCCUUGAGGGAAGUUGGAGCUGGAGAGAGUGGAUUCUCCAGGGCCUCAGGUAUCCCCUGCUGGGGAGUCAGGCUCUUUUGAGCUUGCAGGUCAGGGAAGGCAAGUGCUUCUUCCUGACAUAGCAUCUGUUGGCAUUUCUUGGGCUUCUUCAGUGCAACUGAGGGGGGCAGGGCGAAGGCGUGGUGGGCAGUUACGACGGCUGAUAGUCCCAAGUGGGCUGCAGGCGGCAGUGGUGUGACGGCAGAAUGCUAACCUCUGGGGUCAUUGGAUGCAACUCACUCACCAAACAGAUGGGGAAACUGAGGCACAAUUUUCAUCAGAUUCAGUUCUGACUCUUAGCCUCAUUCCCCUUCACAUUGCGCAGUCCCAGAGAGCCCCCCCCCUUUUGGGGGAGUGCCUGACCCGCACCUAACAUCAGCCAAGUACAGCUAAGCCACUGUCCCCAGCACCCUGACUUAAGGCCAGCCGUGUGUUUUGUCCUCAGCCAGUCAGGGAUGUGUCCAAGACAUUUCCCCUCAUGAAGCAAAGCUGUCAAGGAACUUGCGGCUCUGGAACAGAUGCACUGAGGGCCAGAGGGUCAGGGCCAUCCCCUGUGGCUGGGGCUGCCGGGAGGGUGAGCCCCACCUCGGAGGUGUGCAGGCUGGAGCAGCAUGCUGGAGCUGAGAUUCUGUGGGUGAGAGAGUGGGAGAGUGGCUGUGGGCUUAGCACUGGUCCUUUCUGACUCACAGCUCUGGGGCCCAUUCCGGGACAGGCUUGAAGAAGUUCCGGCCAUUGCCUGCCCUGCUGAGCACGAGGGGAGGCCAGACCUGUGUGCAGUGGCCCUGCCCUUCUGCCUCUUUGCUUGAGCUCUCCCUGCAGCUCUGGGGACCCUCUUAGUCCCGACUGCCUGUCUCCCCAGCACAUCUGUCCCGGGGCCUGAGUCCUUCUGCUGUGCCUGCUGCAGGUCCCCAAUAAAGCCUGUGCCCUGGCCUCGGUGGUGUGCAGUGUCUCGCCAUCAGCCCCCAUCCCUUUCACAAUCCCUCAUGGCCCCGAGCACUUGCUCCCUGGCCACUUCCCACACUCCCCCAGCCCUUGCCACCUUCCAAGGAGGAGGCCUGGAAUAAUCAGGGGCUUCACCGAAUCUCCUGAGGCUGGCCAGGAGCCUCCGGCCCUGACUGUUUCUCUGGUAGCCCCAGAGCUGCCUCCAUGUUGGGUGUGCAGAGAGCUGUGCUGAGGGAGGUGCCAUCUGGGCGCCGCCGAGGGCUUGGGGUAGGAAGGCACCAAACCAGGUGCAAUCUCGAGUCUCCCUGCCUUGCAGGGCCGCUGGGCAGGGGGUGGAUGGAAGGGCAGAGUUUGAGGGGUGGGGUGAGGUCCGGCCUGUGCCCAGGUUUAGUCUGGCUUCUGUCACGGAUGUGCUGUGUGUCCUCAGGCAGCUCCCAACCCCCUCCCAGCCUCAGGCCUUCCAGAGUGAACAGCUUGGUUCUGUGAAGGUCCUUCCAGCCCCACCCUCCGGGAACUGUCAAACCUGUGCUGGUCUAGACUGACAUGGGCAAGAUGUAGCCCCAAGGCCACGUGACUUCAGUGCCUCACUUGAUCCUUCCUCACAGCUCUGUUCCCUCAUCACCACUCUGAAACGCACUCAUUUUUGGACAGGGACAACUGAGGCCCAGAGGAGGCGGCCUCCUGCCCAGGUCACAGAGGGCGUGGAGGGGCUGGAAGCAGGUGUGGGUGGGCCAGGCUCUUGGCCUGUGGACCUUUGGCCCCAUGACACUGGUCCCUGGGAUGGACCCGGGAGAUGGGCCCCACCCACCUGAGAACCCAGGCUUGGGUUGGGCUGGCUUCUUUCCUGGAGACCAAGUCAGGCCCUGCCUUGGGGGUCUCACCAGUGGUUUUGUUUUGGAAUGAGCCCUGCUUCAAAAUCCAACCCCACCACUCUCCUGGGUCACACAGCCCCUUUCAUGCCCGCCUCAGAGUAGCUGCUGCCCCCUGGUUUCCCUUUCACACACCCCUCACAGCAUGCGCAGAACCCUUCCCCAGCCCCGCACCCAACCCCCACCCCCGGUCUCUCAGGGGUCUCUGCCUCCCUGACACCCCCUCCCCAAGCUUGCCUUCCAGCCACUCCUGGAGUUGCCCGAGACAGAGGAAUCCAGCCUCCCACCCUCAGGACUGCAGUAGAAGCCUGGCUCUAUCCCCAGAGUGCAGGAAUGGCAAAUGACCCAUUUUCCCUGGAAACCACAAGAAACCGCAGGGAAAGAAACCUGCCUUUCCCUGAGCUCUGUGCCCAGAGAGGCAGCUAGUGUGGUGAGCGACCUAGCCAGCCCCGCCCUGCCAGCUGGAUGGCCUUGGGCAACCUCUGAGCUUGUUCCUCAUCUGUGAGUUGGGGCCAGCAAUGGCACCUCUCUCGAGGCUGUUGUGAGGGUGAAAUGGGCGAGUGUCCACCAAGUGCUCGAGCUUCCCGGAGCCUGCACACAGUCACCCUCCCUCCCUGAGUUUGCCCAUGGUUACUGCCCCAUCACCAUAGACACACGGUCUCCCCUCUCAGUUAUCCCGGGGGUGGGGGUACAGGAGAACCUGUGGAGAGCUGAAGUGAGUUGCCUGAGGCAUCCUAGGCCAGUGCCGAUGGCAGCAGGCGCAGGGCGGAGGGGUGGGCAGGAACCCGGCCUGGCUCUGUGGUCCGAGAGAGCGGCCAUGGGGGAGUGUGUCCUCCUCCGUCACCAUCGCCACCUCAGAGCGGCCCAGCAGAGACCAUUAGCCUUCACAUGAUUGCUGGGGAGCUGGAGGCCCGGGGGAAGGGGGACUCCCCCAAGGCUGGGGGUCCCUGCCCGGUCUCAGCCGCCACAUGAACAGGACCUGCCGUGGCCACUCUGUGGUGCGUCAACACCCUGGUCUCCAGUGGAGAGCAGCAGGGCUGUGCUCUCCCAAGAAGGCAGGGGGUGCCCACCACUUUCCUGGCCUCCUGCAGUCAUGGCAUCUGAAACGGGGAGUUUGAGAGUCUUGGAAUCAGAAGCUGAGAGUUGAGGAAUCUCAGAUACUCAGGACCAGGGACCCACUAGUUUUGAGGACUCACAAAGGCCCGUGGCUUACCUUACCCAGCUUGGGUUAUACAGGAAACCUCCCUGUAGCCCCCAUUCCACAGCCCUGGCGGCGUGGCUCAGAAACGCUCCGCACUGGCCCUCUGGGGUCCCAGGCAGAAAUGUGAAAAGCUCCCUGCCUGUGCCCCACAUCUGCACACACCACCUCCACACACGCACACACUUGCAGGCAGAUCCUGAGCAGCUUCCCUCCCUGGGCUGCCGACCCCCGCCUUCUCCACUCUGUCGCACAGCUGGGCAGAGGGUCCUGUCUGCCACUACCCGGGGAAGAUUUAAGAGCAGCCACUUGGGUCUAGGUGGGAGUCUCCAGGGACAAUCCAGGAGCCAGGGAUGCUGUGGUGCACUCAUGGGUGGGACCCUGGGGUUUCUGGGCCCAUUCUGCCGUGGGUGGCCGUUGGUGGAUCACAUCCCAGGGGGUCAUGAGGGAGGCGGCAGAUCCUGCCAGUCCUUGCCUUGCUGCCAGGUCAGCCCAAGUCAGUAAAGCCUCGUAAGCAUGCAGUAGGUGAUGGGGAGCUUCUCCUUUCUCCUCUUGGGAAGGAGGUUGACCAGGUCAUCUCAGUUCCCUCCCAGCCCUGAGGUUUUCAGACUGUUGUGUGAAGGCACACAUGUGUACACCAACACAGAUGACCCCUCAUGUGUGCACAGCUCUCUACAGUUUAUGAAAGAGCUCCAAGGCUGUCUCCUUUAGUUCUCAUAACAGCCCUGGAGGUAGUGUAGGUAGAUGAGGAGACUGAGACUCAGAGGUGGCCCCGUUGAAAGUGAAGUCACUGCCAUGCACCGCAGUGGGUAAUGUGGUAUUAAGUAGUGUGUACAGGUCACCAGCCGGUCAAGGCUGCCCUGUGACCAGUGUGGGGGAUUUUCCUCCCAGGAAGACUCCAGCCAGCUUUGGAGCUGGGCCAGGCCCUGUGCUGGGUGCUGGAGAUCUGAGAAUGAGUCAGACUUGGCCCCUGUCCCCAAGGAGCUCCUCCCAGUGGGCAGGGAAAAGAGAGCCAUGCUGGGGUGCCAGGAGAAGGGGCUGCCUGACUGUUGGGGGGGUGCUCAGCGGAAGGUGCCUCAAAGCUGCUGCUCAGCUGGCCCCUAAGAGACAAGGGAAGGAGGCAGAGGGAGCCACAUGUGCGUGGGGGAGGUGGCUUGAAGUGGCAUGGGUGUUUGGUGGUUGUGGUAGAUGGGACCCGAAGGAGGGAGUGUUUGAGGGAUGAGGCUGAGAGCGUGGACUGCCGGGCCAGGUGGCUGGUGUCCGUGGUGAUGGGGAAUUUCUACUGUAGACAGCGAGAGGGUAGCGAGCACAGCCUGAUGGACUCCUCGCACCCAUCCCUUCACUUUGACACUUGCCAGCCUAUGGCUAGUCUUAUUUCCUCUACACACCCCUGCACUUUGCCCAGACAGCAUCUUAUUUCAUCUGUAAAUAUUUCCGGAUGCGUCUCUGAAAGAUAAGGACUCAAAAAAAAAAAAAAAACCAUAAUACCAACUUAUAAAAUAAUCCCUUGAUAUCAUC